CGGAGCCAAAAGGCAAAACGCACGUUCCACCUUCGUUCUCCCUAAAGCAAUUGCUUCAGAAGACAAAAAGGACUCACACGUUUGCCCUUGGCGGGCGGAGCCCGGAAUUCAGGAGCUCCCUGCACACUCCUCCCCUCGGAUGGGCCAGACCUCGGGCUGGGCUUUGUGUCACAGCCCGCGGCGCCGCGAGCCCCGCUGUUCGCCUCCGCGCCCGGCCGCCCCUCACUCCAGCUCCUGCAGCUUUGCGAACGCGCCAGGGCGGGAUGGGAGUGUCUUCUCGGCGGUGGAAAUCGAUCCUCCUACCUUGUCCUGAAGCCACCCGCCGCCUUUCCCCGUCCCUCCCUCCGCGGUGAUUUUCCGGCCCCGGCGCCCGGCGAGGGCGCGCGGUGGAGUCCGCCCCGCCCGAAAGCAUUUGCAAGUGAGGAAGCAGCCCCACCCUGGGUCUUAGAUAAUUUCUAACAGAGAGGCCCCAGCAAUUCAGCAGGCAACAUCCUCAGUCUCUGGCAGUCUGGUUCUUCUUCAGCACGUUCUCCUCUUCUGGGAACGGAGUCUUUGGGAAACGUUUCUUAAAAGUGCAGGCAAGCCAGCCAUGAGAGGGUAUCUUGUGGCCAUUAUCCUGAGUGCUGUCUUCCUCUAUUACGUACUGCAUUGUAUAUUAUGGGGAACAAACGUCUAUUGGGUGGCACCUGUGGAAAUGAAACGGAGAAAUAAGAUCCAGCCUUGUUUAUCAAAGCCAGCUUUUGCCUCUCUGCUGAGGUUUGAUCAGUUUCACCCUUUUCUCUGUGCAGCUGAUUUUAGAAAGGUUGCUUCCUUGUAUGGUAGCGAUAAGUUUGAUUUGCCCUAUGGGAUGAGAACAUCAGCGGAAUACUUUCGACUUGCUCUUUCAAAACUGCAGAGUUGUGAUCUCUUUGACGAGUUUGACAGCAUACCCUGUAAAAAGUGUGUGGUCGUCGGUAACGGCGGAGUUUUGAAGAAUAAGACAUUGGGAGAGAAAAUCGACUCCUACGACGUCAUCAUAAGAAUGAAUAACGGUCCCGUUUUAGGACAUGAAGAAGAAGUUGGGAGAAGGACAACCUUCCGACUUUUUUAUCCAGAAUCUGUUUUUUCAGAUCCCAUUCACAAUGACCCUAAUACGACAGCAAUUCUCACAGCUUUUAAGCCACAUGAUUUGAGGUGGCUGUUGGAAUUGUUGAUGGGUAACAAAAUAAACACUAAUGGUUUUUGGAAGAAACCAGCCUUAAACCUGAUCUAUAAACCUUAUCAAAUCAGAAUAUUAGAUCCUUUCAUUAUCAGGACAGCGGCUUAUGAACUGCUUCAUUUUCCAAAAGUGUUUCCGAAAAAUCAGAAACCCAAACACCCAACAACAGGAAUUAUUGCCAUCACACUGGCAUUUUACAUAUGCCAUGAAGUUCACCUAGCUGGUUUUAAAUACAACUUUUCUGACCUCAAGAGUCCUUUGCACUACUAUGGGAACGCCACCAUGUCUUUGAUGAGUAAGAACGCAUAUCACAAUGUGACUGCAGAGCAGCUCUUUUUGAAGGACAUUAUAGAAAAAAACCUUGUAAUCAACUUGACUCAAGAUUGACUCUACAGACUCAGAAGACGAAGCUAACAGUUUACUUCAUCUUGGACUUUUGAAGGGGUAUGACUUCCUACUGAGGAUUUAGUUUACCACAACAAUUUUGACUUUAAGAAGACAUUUUCAGAAGUAUAUUUGGCUACUGUAAACAUGGCUGGUGGGAAAUCACAUGAUUGUGGCUUGAUGUGACACACUUAAACCACUUGGCUAUGGAAAUGUAAGUUCGUACUGGUUUAAUUAAGCUCUCCCCGACAACCCCCGGAAUUAAGUGAACCGUGAUUGUGAUGAGUAAUUUGGUACAAUGAAGGUGGUGUUAAGUUUAAUAGGCUAAGCACAAAGUUCUGGUUAAGUAUAACUAAAGAAUAGUAUUACUACAGUCUGAUGGCUUUGUAUUAUUUUAAAGACAUACAGUUUAACUUUAUACAAUGAAGCUAAGCUAGACAAACUCAAGAAGGAAAGAAAAAUCUUGAACUUUUUUUUUUUUUGGUCUGGUUUAUUCAUUAAAUUUUGAAGGCUUUCCACUUGGAAGUAAAUUAGGAAACGUAGUCAAAAGACCAAGUAAACACUUGAGAAGUCAAGCCGAGUCUGGGCGUAGUGGCUCCCACCUGAGAUCCUAGCACUUUGGGGAGCCAUGGAAGGUGGUCAGAUUGCCUGAACAGGAGAUCAAGACCAGCCUGGCCCAGCAUGGUGAAACCUCUUCUCUACUA